CUCCACUCUACUGCCUCCUCCCUCCCCUUCCCGAACAAUUUAAUAAUUCAACUGUACUACGUCUCUCUUCGUCUGUAUCUCGUUCUACAAUGAAUCAAAAAACAUAUAAUAGUAUAUGUAAUGUUGGAAAUAUCCGAAGCACUCACUCUGUCUGUCUGUCUGUCCGAUAAUACGAGGAAUCUAUCUUCUCUCCUCUGCUCUUGUAUGUUUGUUUGUUUGUACCCGACUCUUUCCAUGAUCUUUCCUAACCAGACAGACUGCUGCUUAAUUUACAGGCUUCUGUAUUUGGCUUGUUGAUAAUACUGUCAGUCUCAUAUUUCGAGAUCACCCUGCAGGCAAGAUCCGAAUCGAAUUAGCACAUCUUCCUUUGAUUGUUAAGGAGUGGCGUACGGAAAUCCAGGAAAAGGAGGAAGAUGGGAGGUGGUGGUGGUGGUGGUGAUGGUGAUGGUGAUGGUUGGUUGAUCCGAAGAUGGGGAGAAUAAUGUUGGGUUAUUGGAAGAUUAGAUUUUGCAUUAGAUUAGCUUAGAUGGGAUGGGAUAGGAUAGGAUGCUGCUGGCGCAAGCACAAGCGAGGCCUAUUUCUUACUUGCUGACUGAGCUGAGCUGAACUGAACUGACCCUCAAGAAUCGGCGGACCGAAACCCUCGUAGGAGAAGAUGGGAGGGUGGGUAAUUGCUUCCUCAUUAUCCGCACUCAUUCCCUCGCGGCUUUGUGGGAAACCACCUGCGUUAUUGCUUCCCUUUCAACAACUUCCCCCCGGAUUCUCCCGAGAUGUUGCAAAGCCUCGCACUUGUGGAGGAUUCUGCAAGGAGGAGGUAGUAUUCCCUGCUUUGACCUUCAAUAAGCCCUUCUCCACCUCCACCAAGGCUAUUCUAUCCCAACAUCACCAUAACGCCACCCAUGUCAGAGUUGGCGCUGAAUCAACAGGACCCAUUCCUUCUGACCAUCUUCUUCGUAUCAUUGAAUCUGCCGCCAACACUGGUGCUCAGGUUGUAAUGGAUGCAGUGAAUAAGCCUAGAAAUGUUACCUACAAGGGGCUAACUGAUCUGGUCACUGACACAGACAAAAUGAGUGAGGCUGCUAUUCUAGAUGUAGUGAAAAAGAAUUUUCAAGACCAUUUAAUUCUUGGAGAGGAAGGAGGGGUCAUUGGGGAUUCAUCUUCUGAUUAUCUUUGGUGCAUUGAUCCCCUAGAUGGUACUACAAAUUUUGCUCAUUGCUAUCCCAGCUUUGCUGUAUCUGUUGGUGUCCUCUACAAAGGAAAGCCAGCUGCUGCGACUGUGGUCGAGUUUCUUGGUGGACCUAAAUGUUGGAAUACUCGAACUUUUACUGCAGCUGUUGGUAAGGGCGCAUUCUGCAAUGGGGAGAAAAUUCAUGCUAGUCAAACUGAUAAGGUUGAACGAUCACUUUUGGUAACGGGGUUCGGGUAUGACCACGAUGAUGCAUGGGCAACCAAUAUGGAGUUAUUCAAGGAAUUCACUGACAUCAGCAGGGGUGUGAGGAGGCUUGGUGCUGCAGCAGUUGACAUGUGCCAUGUAGCUCUGGGAAUUGUAGAAGCCUACUGGGAAUAUCGACUUAAACCAUGGGAUAUGGCUGCUGGUGUUUUGAUAGUUGAAGAGGCAGGGGGAGCAGUUACUUGCAUGGAUGGAAAAAUUUUUUGCGUGUUUGAUAGAUCCGUCUUGGUAUCCAACGGACCAAUUCAUUCCAAGCUUCUUGAGAGAAUUGGUCCGGCAACCGAAAAAUUGAAGAGCAAAGGAAUUGAUUUCUCGCCAUGGUAUAAACCCAAGAAUUAUCACGCUGAACUUUAAGUAUUUUCAGUGGCUUUGCGCAAGAUUGGCCAUGUGUAUCAGGUUUAAUGUUAUGAUUACUAUUAGCAAUUUAGGAACAUCCUAUUGUUUUAUGCAUUGCUGGUUAAGAUAUAUUUUUUUUAGCAUGUAUUACACCUAUUCAAUAAAUUUCAACUUUUCUUCCUUAA